UUCAAAGAUUAUAUUUCCAGUGUUAGAAGCCGUUAACACGUUGAUGAUGAUAUUUCAUGUUAUCCUAGUACUUUGUCAUGGCCCUCUUUAAGUAUCAACAUGGUCCAGCGCCUAACUUACCGUCGUAGAUUGUCCUACAACACCGCCUCCAACAAAACUAGGCUGUCCCGGACUCCUGGUAACCGCAUUGUGUACCUGUACACCAAGAAGGUGGGCAAGGCACCCAAGUCUGCAUGCGGAAUAUGCCCUGGUAGACUGCGUGGAAUCCGGGCAGUGAGACCCCAGGUCCUGAUGAGGCUCUCAAAGACAAAGAAGCACGUCAGCAGGGCCUACGGCGGUGCCAUGUGUGCGAAGUGUGUACGUGAUAGGAUCAAGCGUGCUUUCCUGAUUGAGGAGCAGAAGAUCGUUGUCAAGGUCCUUAAAGCACAGGCACAGAGUCAAAAAUCUAAAUAAAUGUGUAUUUGUACUGCAACAUUAAAAUAAUUGAAAUAUC